GAAAAUACAACUCAAUAAAAGCAUGAUUGUUAACAGUGGAGACAAUGUGGCUAAUGCCACAACAUUCAACGGUGCCAGUAUGAUGGCUAAUGCCACGGCGCUAACUAAUGCAAGGAUGGUGGCUAAUGUUACAACAUUAAUGAAAACUGCUGGAGGCGCAACAUUUAGGGUCCAAUAUGAAUUUUUGCACAUGUGGCUGAUAAUAAUAGCGAUUUUAUCAAUUGCUAUGAUAACAGUAUUCGGCAAUUGUAUCGUCCUAGUGGCGUUCAUAUCAAAUAGGAGCCUUAGAAAAGUGAGCAACAGUUUCAUCAUGAGUCUCGCUUCAGUGGAUGCGCUGAUUGGAUGUAUCCUCCCAUUGAGAAUGUUCGAAAUGAUAUAUGGACAAUGGAUCUGGUCUGCAGAGACAUGUCAAGCUAUGUUGCUCGUGGAGAAUGCCUUGAGCAAUACUUCAAUGUUGAACAUUCUUCUGAUAAGCUUGGACCGUUGGUGGUGCGUCCAUCGUCCUUUCCAGUACAGGGUUAGGCAGACUAAGACCAGGGCAAUAGCGCUCAUCGUAUUUUCCUGGGUCUUAGGCUCCUUUAUCUACGUACCUCCUAUGUAUUCGUGGCAUGUGGUCCACGGGGAAAAGAUCGCUCAAGUUUUUAGUCUCACAAGGAGCUGCCUGGUGCCUUAUUCGGGAGAUCUCUCCACGACUUUAUCUCUAUCAAGCGUUACGUUCCUAAUUCCGUUGAUUAUACUAGCGCUUUGUAAUUUAUCGAUUUAUCUUAAAGUGAGCCAUCGGAAAGAUAAAAAAUUGAGACGAAGUGUGAGCACAUCCGAUACAUAUUACAGUUUUGUUUCACGUAAAUCAUCUGCUGAUACGGAUACCUCAGACAGUGAAGAGGCUAUAGGAACAUCCCGGACAAAAACCUCUGAAAAUGACAGAGGAAAGGACUGCACGAAAGCGAAAUACGUCAUGCUUGUGCGCAACAGUUCGACCCCCGGGGAUUUGUGUCGGUACAGUCGACGCUACAGCCCGAGGCGGGUGUCAUUCGACGCGGGUGUGGUGAGUGGAAUCGAGGAUAAAAGACAAAAUAGAUACAGUCGUAGAUUCAGUGUGAGCAGUAAUAAUUCGACCAAUAGCACCACCAAUAACAGUGAUGAUAUUGUGAAAAGCAUCCUGACCAAACAGGAUAAAAAGGCGGCAAGAUUGCUCGGCCUUUUAGUUUGCGUAUUCAUAAUGUGCUGGGUGCCUAAGGUCGUCUGCUCCAUUAUAAAUGCUUAUCACCAUGGUGCCAUUCCAAAAUAUAUCAAAAUACUACAUAUUGCACAAUGGCUACAAUGGUUAAACAGUGGGAUCAAUCCAUUCCUAUACGCAAACAGUAAUACUAAAUUCCGAAGAGUCAUUCGGAACUGGAUCGGCAUUCCACCAGAAGAUCGGCCAACUCCGUUAUUUUACGAACUUUACCGAACUUUUCCGAAGGUGCUUAAUUUUAUAAGCGAAAAUCAAAGUGACCAACAAUCCAAUACUAGUACGUUAAGGGCGAUGUCUUAGCACAAUUAGAGACUAAAUUACUGAUAUAAGACGAGCCUUACCUUACUCGAGGCGCAGAUUUUGUAAUACGGAUAGGCUAAUACUAAUACAGACGAUUUUAAGAAUAGUCCGAAGGAAUUAUAACUAGUCUCUGAAUAGUAACAGUUUUGAGUGCCUACUUUUAAAGGCGUG